GUGUGUGUGUGGGCUGAUCCGCGGCGCGUCGCUGCUGAAGCGCGUCUGACUGUCGCUCAGUUUGAAUUCAUAUUCAUCUGCGGCGGAUUGAACUCAACACUCCCACAUUUAUUGACACGUUUCACCGCUACAGCCUUUAAAUAUUAAUAAAGACCAGCACGGCUGAAAGUUGGUGUCCGCGGCGGGAGUUGAGGAAUCACACGGCAGAAUCCCGGAGCCGGAGUUCGUUCGGGAAUAUCACAUUUCAGCUCGAGCGAAAUAUUCGGGGCUGGAACUGAUGCGGGAGAUUUCCGACUCUUACUGUAACUAAAGCCGCUUCAUACACGCCACAGAUCCGAGCUAUAGGCAGCGAAAUGGGGGAGCAGCCGAUCUUCACCACCAGAGCUCAUGUCUUCCAGAUUGAUCCCACUACCAAGAAAAACUGGGUUCCCGCUAGUAAACAGGCUGUUACAGUCUCGUACUUCUAUGACAGCACACGCAACAGUUACCGCAUCAUCAGCGUGGAUGGGUCAAAGGUGAUCAUCAACAGCACAAUCACCCCCAAUAUGAACUUUACUAAAACCUCACAGAAGUUUGGCCAGUGGGCCGACAGUCGAGCAAACACAGUGUUUGGACUCGGAUUCGCCUCCGAACAACAGCUGUCUAAGUUUGCUGAGAAGUUCCAGGAGGUCAAAGAAGCUGCAAAACUGGCCAGAGAAAAAUCUCAGGAGAAGAUGGAGACGUCCAGUGAUCAGUCGCAGGAAUCUGGCCGUGAAACUCCAUCGGGCAAUCAGGCGUCCAGCAUCAACGGAACCGAUGAUGAGAAGAUCUCGUACGGCCCGGAGAACGAAGCGCUGAAGAGUGAGAACGACCGGCUGAAGUCUGCGGUGGAGCAGAGUAAGAAGUGGGAGACGGAGCUGCAGGCGCUGAAGGAGAGCAACGCUCGGCUCCAGGACGCGCUGCAGGAGGCCAAGAGCAACGCCGACAGCUGGAAGAGUCAAGUGACGCAGUGCCAGGAGGAGAACAACCAGCUCCGCAACAAGAUCUCAGAGCUGGAGCUGCAGUGUAAAGAGGUGAAUCUGGAGAAAGAGAGAAACGCUCAGCUGACGGUCAGAAUUCAAGAACUGGAAGCGGAUCUGCAGGACAAACAACAGGAGCUUGAGAACCUGUGCAAACAGGCAGAAAUCAUCCCACAGCUCAUGGCAGAAUGUGAAAACAUCACGGCCAAAUUACAGGCUGCAGAACUGAACAGCAGGGAUCUGAGCGAGAAGAUGACGCUCCUGCAGGCCGAGAUCGACGACAGUCAGCAGAAACAGAAGAACAUGAAGACGGAACUCAAGAAGUUCAUGGACGUUCUGGACGGGAAGAUUGAUGAGCUGCAUGAAGUUCGUCAGGGCAUUUCUAAACUGGGCAUUGACAACUGAACUCACACUCUCUCGCACACGCACACACACACACACGCGCACACACACACACGCACACACACACACACGCACACACACACACACACACACACACACACACACACACACACACACACACACACACACACACAUACACACAUACACACAUACACACACAUACACACAUACACACACACGGACUGAAGGGAGAGUUUUACCGCUGCAGAUCUCAGGGCAGUUUGGAAUCGCUUGAUAUGCACACACAGACAUGAACUGCAGAAACACUAAGUGCCUGAAGGUGGCGCUCUCCGGAUCUCCACCAUGAGAAUCGUCCUGAAGAAGGUGAGGCUGAUCAGCUCCUCAUGCAAUACCCGCCUCAGGACGCACUUCUCUUCUGCUUCUGUUGGUUUGUUUGUGUUUUUAAAAACAUUUUCAAGAUGGAGUUGCAUUACGAAAAUAUUCUUUUUUUGAUCAAUGAAAAUAUGAGCCAAAUAUCUGCUUGAUGAAGGCAGUUUGCUUGUAGGGUGCAGAUGUGUGUUGUGCUCAGCAGUGUUUGUGACGUGCUGCUCUGUGUGUGUGUGUGUGUGUGUGUGUGUGUGUGUGUGUCUUUGGGUGAUGGGAUAAUUUAUACGUGUGCUUUUUUUAGAAUAAUCUCUGCCUUUCCCGAGUCUUUGAUGGAGCGUUGGAGCUUCCGAACUCUCUCCUCAGCUCUUUUCACUUGUUUUCCUCUCGAUGCUUGUUUGAAUGUCGUGGCUGAUGUAUUAUUGAAGCGUUUAACGUGGGCGAGUGUCUUUACCCCCUCUGAAACACACAUCUUACUGGAAACUUGAGCCUUUUUCCCUCUUUCUGGAAAAAUAAAAACACUUUUGUUGAUCAAAAUUGUAAAAUAAAUAAUUGUGGAAAUAUAGUUUAUGAAGGAAA